AGGGCUGCUCCCUUGCUGCUGGACAGUGGGAGGGACAGUGGAACAGUGGCCCCUCCGCAAAGGUCAGCAGCUCCAGUGGGUUAAAACCCCGGGCGCUUGGCGCGGCUGCUUUCUGUGCGGUAAUCUGUAACACACAUGCGGUGUCUCCGGAGAGGACGACCGUGGAAAAUAGGCUCGGGACUGCUGGUCUCCCUACAGGAGUGGUGUCAGGAUUCCUUCUGCGGCGCCUUUCUGUAGCAUCACUCUCCAGCGACACGUGCGAGCAGCAACACGAUCGGAAGAGGCGAGUGUGCGAGCGGGCCAGGCGUGCCAGCGGGCCCAUGGGGAACGUCCCAGUGCCGGCGAAGCACUGCUUCAACGUGGAGCGGCUGCUUCCGGCGUACCCUCGGCUGCCACUUUGGAUGCAGAAGGACAAGGUGCAGGCUCCAAAUCAGCUCCCAGAGUUUGUCAAAGUUGUGGAAGUUGGGCCAAGGGAUGGACUGCAGAAUGAAAAUGAAAUUGUUCCCACCAAAGUGAAGUUGGAGCUCAUCCACAUGUUGUCUAAAACAGGCCUGUCUGUGAUUGAAGCCACCGCUUUUGUGUCAUCAAAGUGGGUACCACAGAUGGCUGACCACACAGAUGUUCUCCGGGGAAUCCUCAGAGAGCCGCAAGUGAAAUAUCCAGUACUGACACCUAAUUUUCAAGGCUUCCAGGCUGCUGUGGCGGCAGGUGCCACAGAGGUGGCUGUGUUUGCUUCAGCCUCUGAGACCUUCAGCCGGAAGAACAUCAACUGCUCCAUCGAUGAGAGCAUGCAGCGGUUUGAAAAAGUCCUCCAAGCUGCCAAAAAGGCCCAGAUACCUGUCCGGGGGUAUGUCUCCUGUGCCCUCGGAUGCCCAUACGAAGGGAAGAUAGACCCAGAAGAAGUGGCAAAGGUGGCAAAGAGGCUGUAUGAUCUGGGCUGCUACGAGAUCUCGCUGGGGGACACCAUUGGGGUGGGGACGCCAGGCAGCAUGGUGCGGCUGCUGGAGGCCGUGCUGACGGAGGUGCCGGUGGAUGCCUUGGCGGUCCACUGCCAUGACACGUACGGCCAGGCCCUCGCCAACAUCCUCACGGCCCUGCAGAUGGGGAUUUCCGUGGUGGAUUCCUCAGUGGCGGGGCUGGGGGGCUGUCCGUACGCCAGGGGGGCCUCCGGGAACGUGUCGACAGAGGACGUCCUGUACAUGCUUCACGGCCUGGGCAUUGAGACUGGUGUAGACCUCGGCAAAGUAAUGGAAGCGGGAGACUUCAUCUGCAAGGCCUUAAAGCGGAGGACCAACUCAAAGGUGGCCCUAGCUAAGGCCGGCGUUUAGGUGGUGCCUUCACCAUCGAGUGAGGAGACCUCGCGUGCCAAACAUGUACAGCUCAUCCUGCAACCGUUACGUUAUGUAAGAUGUCACAUAUUUGGUCUUGUUUAAGAGCAGAGGUGCUGAUUGGUUAAUAACCACCCCCCCUCACCCCCCAGCACGCCAAAUUCACCCCCCGACCCUGUGCAUCAGGUCCCUCCUCUGCAUGUGUGGAGGUCCUGCUUCCCUGCACUUAGUCUUUGCUCUGUAUCUGUUAUGUUUAUGGCCAUCGUCGUUUACAUUGUUUUUCAUUUUCCCCUCAAUGUGUUUGCAAUUAAACGGGGGGUUGGGGGUUUACAGGGUCAACAGGCAUUUCAAACCAACAAGGGCAGAUUAUAAUCUUCCCUGAAAUGUAUUUUCAUUUCCGGAAUUCUCUCGAGGCAGACAGAAGCAGCCCAUUGGAUGCCAUGCUUUUGUCCCCGCCAUUUACGCAGCAAGUUCGGUGGUCUCCAUGCCCCCCUUCUGCAGACCCCCCUUUAUAUGAUGGAGCCACUGGCAGAGAAUAAUGGUGCUCUUUACAGCCGCUACCCCACAGACCUGGAGAAAUCUGCAGGCAAAACACAUCUGCUUACCACUGCAAACAAUGCUAUUCCUGCCAAAGGCAAGUGCUGAUGAACCGGCAGGAGGUGCGAGGGAGCAGCAUCCCCCACCAACGGAAACGGGAAGCGCAGGUGAACCAACAGGAGGUGCGAGGGAGCAGCGUCCCCCACCAACGCAAACGGGAAGCGCAGGUGAACCGGCAGGAGGUGCGAGGGAGCAGCGUCCCCCACCAACGCAAGCGGGAAGCGCAGGUGAACCGGCAGGAGGUGCAAGGGAGCAGCAUCCCCCACCAACGGAAAUGGGAAGUGCAGGUGAACCGGCAGGAGGUGCAAGGGAGCAGCGUCCCCCACCAACGCAAACGGGAAGUGCAGGUGAACCGGCAGGAGGUGCAAGGGAGCAACGUCCCCCACCAACGCAAACGGGAAGUGCAGGUGAACCGGCAGGAGGUGCGAGGGAGCAGCGUCCCCCACCAACGCAAGCGGGAAGCGCAGGUGAACCGGCAGGAGGUGCGAAGGAGCAGCGUCCCCCACCAACGCAAACGGGAAGCGCAGGUGAACUGGCAGGAGGUGCGAGGGAGCAGCGUCCCCCACCAACGGAAACGGGAAGCACAGGUUCACCGUCAGGAGGUGCGAGGGAGCAGCAUCCCCCACAAACGCAAACGGGAAGUGUGCCCAGCGCCGGCAAGCUGCUUUGCAUUAUCUGCAGAUGGUUUCCUGUGUGUCCAAAGGUGGUGGAGUCGCAGAUAUUUUUCAAAAUUUAAAAAAAAUAAAAUCACCUGGAUGCAAGACCAGGUGGGUGGAAACUGAGCAGCAUGCAAAUCACCAGUACUAUUUUCAGGGUUGGUGCGAGAUUCAGCCCAUGUGUACAAGCUGUUAAACCCAGCACCCCUCUACAGGGAUAAUUCCAUUACUCAACACCCAACUGCCCCUCGCUUUCCUAUAAGGCCUUGGUGCUAUGCAAUGACAAAAGUUAGCCAUAACGCUGAAACCUUUCGCGGGAAUCGUGUGAAACUUCCAUCUGUAAGCCGUGAUGCACCCGACAUAAAACAUGGUCGAGCAGGAACGGCAUAUCCAUGGAUUGAUUUUUGGCUUUCUCGUUAAUUUUUUUAUUAUUCAAUUCUUACCAGAAAUGCCUUAAAAACACACGUGGUAUUGGGUAUUAAAUUCUGCUUACAAAAUAACAUUUUCUACUCCUUCAGUUUCCUGUCUCUAGGGAUCUUUGUCAUCAUCAACCAUUUGACUCAUGCUGUCCUCACUUUAAAACGAACUGUGAAAAACAUCGUUUAAAGGCUGUAUUUCCUGUUCACUUGCUGUUUACUCUCCUCCAGUAACCUCUUGUAAGAAAAAUGACCAAAAGGCAAUCAAAGUGCAGGCAAUCAUGUAACUUUUGUAAUUAGCCAUGAAAUUUAGUAUUUUUAUUCUGUGAAAAUGAGCUUCUCAGUGUUGGCUCUUGUGUGUUACAUCAUUUUUAAUGCUAUCUUUGCACACGGACCCUGUCCUAUGACCAUUAAAGAUGAAUUGACAGUAA